GUGCUUUUUCAAUCCAAAAUAGUGUUUUAUAAAAUUUGACGUUAUGAAAAUCGAAGAAAAUCCACGCUACAAGGCAAAAUUAGAUAGAGAUAAUGCAAAGAGAGCUGAAAGGGAUGCUGCAAACGCUGAAGGAUAUGACAGCUCGAAGCCGCCCAGUGAUGGGCCGCAGAGGCCACCCAAACGCAAAGAAGGCAAAAAAUACCUGAAAACAACUGAAGAGCAACAGAAUUCAUCAUUUGAGAAAAUAGCAACGAUUUUGUCCUACCUUAUCAUAGUGAUCACCUUCCCGAUCUGUUUAUUUUUUUGUUUUACAGUUAUAAAGGAAUAUAAGCGAGCUGUAUUUUUUCGCCUAGGCCGAGUGAGGAAGGGCGCACGUGGGCCGGGUCUGGUAUGGUUUUUGCCUUGCAUCGAUAACUACAUACUUGUGGAUCUUCGCACCAGAGUCGAGGUGAUUCCGACUCAGGAGAUGCUCACUAGAGACUCUGUGACGAUAAGCGUCGAUGCAGUACUCUUCUAUUAUAUCGAGGGUUCACUGCACGCAACUCUGCAGAUCUCCAAUGUGCACGAAUCCUCAAUUUUCAUAGCACAGACAACGCUCCGAAAUAUUGUGGGCUCUAGGACCCUUCAUGAACUGUUAACCUCUAGGGAAUCUCUAUCUGAGACGAUUGGAAACGCCGUGGAUCAUGCUACUGAGAAAUGGGGUGUGCGAAUCGAGCGAGUUGCGCUAAAGGAUAUUAACCUGCCGGAAAGCCUCCAACGAUCGAUGGCCAGCGAGGCAGAGUCACUGAGAGAGGCACGUGCUAAGAUCAUAUCUGCAGAGGGCGAGGUCUUGGCCUCGCAAUCACUGAAGGAAGCAUCUGAUGUGAUGUCUGAAAACAAAAUAACCCUUCAAUUGCGGCACUUGCAGAUCUUAACAUCGAUAGCUCAUGAGCGGAAUCUUACGAUAUUGUAUCCAUUCCCAAUGGAUAUGAUGGCGCCGUUUCAAGGCGGUGGUUCAAAAAAAGCUAAGCAAGAAAAUGACCCACCGGUAAAUGCUUUUGAAUCACUUAUUUCAUCGGUUGUUCAGCCAGUUGUUUGGAAUAAGCACGAUCAAAUGUCUAAAGAAAUUGAGACAAAGCCAACUGCAGAGCCACAAAAUUUAGCUGAAGAGCAAGCAAAUCCAACAAAGAAAAUUGAGCAAGUUUCUGAUUCGAUAUUAUUUAUUGACAAAGAGCGACCAAAUUCAACUAAAAAAACGGACCAUAUUUCUGAUUCGAUAAUAUAUGUUGACAAGAGAGCAGAUAGGGGAACCCAGAGCUAAGUCCCACAUAAAUUGGGAAAACCUAAAUAAAAUUUAAGUUAGUGAUUUCACCGAGAUGAUCAAUCCUUAUCCUGUGAUUAUAUUAAUUGUUUGUAUCUUGCCAAAGUUAUUUUAAAUAAACGAGGGUGGAUUAUUUUAA